CCUCUAGCUGUAUUAUCCAACCAUCUAUUCGAGAGAAACUCUUGUGUCACAUUGGUGUGGACAGAGCUUAAGAAUGAGCACAGUCAUAGAUCAAAGCUUUUACAUUAUAACAGAGUUUCCAAAUGGCAGGGGCGGACUGACCAUUUGGAAACAUUGUGCAUGAAAUGUAUCAACCAGGGCGGACUGACCAUUUGGAAACUCGGGCACUGCCCGAGGGCCCGGGGUCAGUAGGGGGCCCCAUGAGAUGCCCCUGGUACCUUUUUCAUAGGCUUUUUUGAGUUUGGGCAAGGACACAGGGGCCCCAUGAUCCCCUAUUGCCCGGGGGCCCCAUGA